CGUUAAAAAAAACAUAAAUUUUCUUAUUAUUCUAUAACAUUUCUUUCCAAUUAUGACAUUAAAAACUACUAUACCAAAACUAAUACGACCUCAUCUUUUGUAUUCUUUCCUAGAAUACACAAAAUAUACGUUUAAGAUUUCCUAUAAUGACAUGAGCUGAUGAGAUUCUAGCCCUAAUCAUUAAUCCAAAUCGCUUAAACGUUAUUAUCAAUCACUAUAAGUUUAAUAAUGUAAUCUAUCAUCAUUACCCAUAGAAACGCAUUAAAAGAAGCUUGACAUCGACCAUACUAGUAAGUAGGACUCAAAUUUAUGACUAAACCGGUUAUUGAAAACCGGUUUCAGGUAUGAGUGAUUGAAUCGGUUAGCAGAGGUAGGAGAAAGAAGAUAAUCGCCGUUGCUGACGUCACCGCCGGUAAUCAAAAUCUCUCCUUUAACCGUAAUUUCUCUUUAACUUUACCAAAAAUCCGAUCCAACAGAAAUUCUUAUCCUAAGCCUCAUUCUCCACCGCGCACGUUAGCCUCCUCUCCUCCCCCCUCCGAGAUGGAGACGACGCCGGAGACUCAGUCCAAGACUCACCAGAGCGGGUCUAACCGUCUACCGGCGGGAAGAGAGGAUUGGUGGAGCGAAGACGCGACGGCGACAUUGAUCGAAGCUUGGGGAGAUCGUUACGUCAAUCUCAACCGUGGGAAUCUCCGGCAAAACGAUUGGAAAGAAGUCGCCGACGCCGUUAAUUCUAGCCACGGGAAUGGCCGGCCAAAGACCGACGUGCAGUGCAAAAACCGGAUCGAUACGUUGAAGAAGAAGUACAAAACUGAAAAGGCGAAACCUUUAUCGAAUUGGUGCUUCUUUGAUAGACUCGAUUUCUUAAUCGGUCCGGUUAUGAAGAAAUCGUCCGGUGGCGUUGUUAAAUCGGCUUUUAUGAACCCUAAUUUGAAUCCUACUGGAUCUAAAUCAACUGGAAGCUCUCUUGACGACGAUGAUGAUGAUGAUGAUGAUGACGAAGAAGAUGAUGAUGAUGCGGGUGAUUGGGGAUUUGUGGUGAGGAAGCAUCGUAAAGUUGAAGAUGUAGAUCCGAGUGAAGGAUCAGCCUUUAGGGAAUUAGCGAGGUCGAUUCUGAAGUUAGGGGAAGCGUUUGAAAGAAUCGAGGGUAAGAAGCAACAGAUGAUGAUUGAAUUGGAGAAGCAGAGAAUGGAAGUUGCAAAGGAGCUUGAGUUACAACGAAUGAAUAUGUUGAUGGAGAUGCAAUUGGAGCUUGAGAAAUCUAAACUUGGGAAACGAAGAGCUGCUUCAGGUAAGAAGUUGUAGGAUUAUAGAUUGUGGAGGAGUUACUGUGAUAAAGCAAGGAGCAAUGGUUGGAUUUAAAGCUCAUACGAAUUGGAGAAGAUGUUAUUAUUAUUAAUCUUUAGGUUUUCUUAAGUUAUAGCGAUGCUUUUUCUUCUUCUUUUUCAUUUUUCUUCUUUAGCAUUGUAGAGUACAUUGGUAGUAGCAAUACGGAUUACCGAAAGAACUCUCAUAGUAUCUGACAUAUCAAGAUGUACUUUUGUGAAGUAUCAAUGUAUGAUGGUUUGUGUAUCA